AUGGCAGACGAAGGUGCUCCGAAGGAAUCGUGGCUCCAUGAUUUUGUGAAGUGUGUGGAUUUUGCCGCUAAAAAGCACACAAAACAAAGAAGAAAAGAUCCAGAGAAAACCCCUUACAUCAACCAUCCUAUAGGAGUUGCACACAUCCUGACAUCUGAAGGAAACAUUUCUGAUAUAAAUGUUCUGCAGGCAGCAUUACUCCAUGACACCAUUGAAGAUACAGACACCACUUAUGAUGAGAUUGAAUAUUUGUUUGGCAAAAAAGUUGCUGAUAUUGUACUAGAAGUUACAGACAACAAGGGCCUAACAAGAGAUGAGAGAAAAUUAGAACAAAUAAAAAAAGCCAAAUCCGUUUCCCACGAAGCUAAAUUAGUGAAACUGGCCGACAAACUUUACAACUUGAGGGAUUUAAACAGAGCAACACCAGAAGGUUGGAGCCUGAAAAGAGUGCAAGAUUAUUUUAUCUGGGCAUCAAAAGUUGUGGAAAACUUGAGAGGCACCUGUCUGCCUAUUGAGAAUCAAUUAGACAUUUUAUUUAAAGAAAGAAAUGUUUUAGUUUAA